CCUGGUUUUGUUCUUUCUCUCUCUCUCGCUCCUAUUCCGAUUAUACUCAGUGGAGAAGAAGACGAAGAUCCAAAUCGAUCCGUUGAAAAGGGAUUUCGAAUUUUCUUUUCCUGAGCGAUGUCGAGUGCGGUGGACGCGACGGGGAACCCGAUCCCUACUUCUGCGGUGUUGACGGCGUCAGCGAAGCAUAUUGGUAUGCGAUGUAUGCCUGAGAACGUUGCGUUCCUCAAAUGCAAGAAGAAUGAUCCUAACCCCGAGAAGUGCCUCGACAAAGGUCGUGACGUCACUCGCUGCGUCCUUGGUUUGCUGAAGGAUCUUCACCAGAAGUGCCAAAAGGAGAUGGAUGAUUAUGUUGGGUGUAUGUAUUACUACACAAACGAGUUUGAUCUGUGUAGGAAAGAGCAAGAAGCCUUCGAGAAAGUGUGUCCCUUGAAAUGAGAAUCACAAGUUCUUGUCAUGUUUUGAUUUGUAUGUCCUAAUAAAGCAAAAUUGUUCAUUUUUAAUGAGCUUUUUACUCAACUCUCUUGUUUGUUGUCAUCCCAUUUUUUCCGUCUCAAAUGCUUUUGUAGUGAGGUCUCAAACACAACCAAAUGACUCAAUUUUCGUUGUUCAGAGGCU